AUGGGCAAUUGCUUCUGCUAUGGGAAGUCCUCCGAUCCUCCGGCCGAUCCCCCACCCCUUUCCGAUCCCCCUAACUCCACUCCCUCCCCUCAUAAACCAUCCCCUCCUCCGUCUUCCACCGCUCGUCCUCACACCAAACCUGCCGCCAUCGGUCCGGUGUUAGGACGACCAAUGGAAGACAUCCGUGCAACAUACUCGAUCGGGAAAGAGCUCGGCCGAGGCCAAUUUGGCAUCACUUACCUUUGCACACGCAAGGCAACUGGCGAGCAGUUUGCGUGCAAGACCAUUGCCAAAAGAAAACUUGUCAAUAAAGAGGAUGUCGAGGAUGUCCGGCGAGAAGUGCAAAUUAUGCAUCAUCUCACCGGACAACCAAACAUUGUUGAGCUCAAAGGAGCUUAUGAGGACAAGCAAUCUGUGCAUCUUGUGAUGGAAUUGUGUGCCGGAGGCGAGCUUUUCGAUAGGAUUAUCGCAAAGGGGCAUUACACCGAAAGAGCGGCCGCGUCGCUUUUGAGGACUAUUGUUCAGAUUGUUCAUACUUGUCAUUCGAUGGGUGUCGUUCAUCGUGAUCUUAAGCCAGAGAACUUCCUCUUGUUGAGUAAAGAUGAGAAUUCCCCUCUCAAAGCCACUGACUUUGGACUCUCUGUGUUCUUCAAGCAAGGUGAGGUGCUUAAAGAUAUAGUAGGGAGUGCAUACUACAUAGCACCAGAAGUACUAAAAAGAAGAUAUGGUCCUGAGGUUGAUAUUUGGAGCAUUGGAGUCAUGCUCUACAUUCUUCUUUGUGGUGUUCCUCCAUUUUGGGCUGAGACUGAGCAUGGAAUUUUCAAUGCCAUUUUGAGAGGUCAAGUUGAUUUUGCAAGUGAUCCUUGGCCAAAUAUUUCUGCUGGUGCAAAAGACCUUGUGAAAAAAAUGCUCACUGUUGAUCCUAGACAAAGAAUUACUGCUUUUGAAGUUCUUAAUCAUCCAUGGAUUAAAGAGGAUGGUGAAGCACCUGAUACACCACUUGAUAAUGCUGUUCUAAAUAGAUUGAAACAAUUCACAGCAAUGAACCAAUUCAAGAAAGCUGCUCUCAGAGUAAUUGCUGGUUGUUUAUCUGAAGAAGAGAUAAGAGGUCUGAAGGAAAUGUUCAAGAGCAUGGACACUGAUAACAGUGGAAGUAUAACCCUUGAAGAAUUAAAACAAGGGCUUUGCAAGCAAGGAACAAAGCUCACUGAAAAUGAAGUCAAACAAUUAAUGGAAGCUGCUGAUGCAGAUGGAAAUGGAACUAUUGAUUAUGAGGAAUUUAUCACAGCAACCAUGCAUAUGAACAGGAUGGACAAAGAAGAUCAUCUUUACACCGCUUUUCAAUAUUUCGAUAAAGAUAAUAGCGGGUAUAUUACAAAAGAGGAGCUUGAGCAAGCUCUUAAAGAGCAGGGCAUGUUAGAAGGCCAAGAAAUCAAAGAAAUUAUUUCUGAUGCAGAUGCUGAUAAUGAUGGAAGGAUCAAUUAUGAUGAAUUUGCAGAGAUGAUGAGAAAAGGAACCCCGGAGCCGAACAAUUUAAAAAAGAGGAGAGAUGUUUUCAUCUAA